AUGGUGAGGGCGAGGAGGCCGCAGGUGCCGGCAUUCGGAGAGUGGAACUACUGCUACCACCACUACGGCGAGCCGCCCGCCGCCGAGUCCUACUACGCCCCGGAACCGGAGCCGGAGGCCUGCAGCGACGUGUGGUUCAGGUACUCGCCGCCGCGCAAACCGACACCCAAGAAGACGAGAAGGCCGGAGGGGGAGAAGGGAAGCGUCCGGCGCACGAGGGCGCCGGAGGCUGACGGCUUGGAGCGCGCCACCGCGAUCAAGGCCAGAGUCGCCUCCGCCUCCCGGGUGGUGCGGCCGGUCGACGAGGACCUGUACCAGGUGCCUCCGCCGGAGUUCAUCAGCUCCCACCGGCCGAGACGCAAGAGGAGGAGCCUGUUGAUGGGAUGCUUGGGCCUCAACUCCUGCGUCGCCUGA